GUUUGGUGGCUGCAGGAGGCUCGCGCGCGCCGCAGUGAAAUCUGUUAGUCUGUGCUCUGGCCAACUAUGCCACGACAGUGCUAGUGCCCUCGCUCCGCUGUCCGCUGCUAGCUGCGCAACCACCGGCGGAACCGAGAGAACACCCAGCAGAAUGACAACCAGGCUGUUCCUACCUUGGAGUCUCCUGGCAGGUCUGUUAGCUGUUGUGGUGGCUGUAGACGGACUCAAAGCAACGGCACUUGUCCUCGGAAAGGUGAAACCAAAGUCUACUGAAGCUCCGCCAACUGACACACCCCUUGAUGAAGUGCAGGAAGGGGAAUCAACAGAACCACCAGUUAAUGGAAGUACACGCUCACCUCUAACAGGCAUCCCUCAGAUCGACUACAUCCAUGAUCCAAACCUUCCCCGUGAACUCAAUGGCUAUAAUUUAACAGACUACCCAUUCUAUGACCGUGUGCCAGAUGAACUGGACUUCAAAUGUGAUGGUUUACAUGAUGGUUUCUAUGCUAGUGUUCCUCAUAAAUGCCAGGUUUAUCAUCACUGUCUCUUUGGCACAAGAUAUGAUUUCCUUUGUGCAAAUUAUACUGCAUUUGACCAAAAAACUUUCAUAUGUCAUUUUGUAUCAGAAGUUGACUGUGAAAAUUCACCAAAGUACUUUAAAAGAAAUGAGGCUCUGUACAAGGCUACAACAUCAUCCACAACUACAACAACCACUACCACUCAGGCUCCACCUCCACCCCCACCACCUCCACCUCCACCUGCUCGUAGGCCUCAGGGAGGUGGCAGGAGGCGACCUUACCGUAGGAGGCGCCCUGUUUAUGAGUACUACUAUGAUGAUGAAGAGUAUGAUGAUGCUGAUUACUAUGAUGAUGAGUUGCCUGUCACUGGUAAAGACUUAGCACCAAGUGGACCUGGACGUCACAACCGUAACCGGCCAAGAAGACCACUACCAUCUGAUGAACCAGAGCGGAGACCAUCCCGCACUGAUGAUUUAGAGCCUGGUAUAGCAGAUGAAAGAAAAGUUGAACCAAAGUCACGACCUUCCUCCUCUGUGUAUGAUAGACCACGUGUACCUCCAAAGAUAAGAAGACCUGUACCCAAAAACGAAAGGGAUAAAUACGAUUACAACACUCAACCUCGUGCACAGUCAAGCACACCUGGAUCAGCAGAGGAUCAAGAUUACUCAAGACCCAGUCAGCAGCCUCCUCCAAAAGCUGCCCCUGCAAGUAAAGAACCAGAUGAUGCUGAUUACUAUGAUGACGAAGAAGAAGAAUAUCUUCCACCAGCUCGACCUUCUACAGGAAGCUCCAGGAAUAGAAAUCCUGAUUACUACCCUCCUACUGCAGAAAGGGAAUUGAGACGACCUAGCUCUGGUGGUGGAAGAAAUGUCAGGAGACGAGGUCCUGGAGGUAGACGACGGUAUGUUGGCCAAGUGGAAACAGCAACCCCCUACUCUAUCAGUGAUGAAGACUAUGAAGAUGAGGAACUGCCUAGAAGGCCAGUACGACCUUCAGGUGCUGGUGGGAGAAGGCGUGUUCAGGCUUCCUAUCCAGAUGCAUAUUCACCACAGCAAGCGCAGAGACCAUAUGCAACCCAGCAGCGAUCAAGUGGAAGCCAAGCUUCAAGAUACAAAUAUAGUGAGGAAGAUCUAAUCGAUGAAGACCCUGUUCCUGCACCACGUCCUGCAUAUAUUAGCCCCAGUGCAGGAGGUAGGCAGAAUUACAUGUCACACAAGAGAAAUUCACAAUCACAGCAGCAACCAGAGUUUCUGUAUGAUGAAUACAGUGGGACACAAGCUAAGUCACCUCCAUCUGGCCCUGGGGGCUACAGAAGACAGGAAAACAAAAAAACUUCUUCAACUGCAGCACCCCGUGCACCGUCAGGAUAUGCUGCAGAUCUGCUAGAUGAGGACUAUUAUGAUGAUGAAGAAGCUGAGGAGGAAGUUAUUCCAUCAUAUAACACUCGUUCUAGGCAACCUUCAAGGGAUGCAAAUCCACCCAACUAUAGUUCCUCCUCUAGUGGUGAAUACACAGGACGCCAGCCUGCGUACAACAAACGACCUCCACCACAGUCAAGCCGUGCACCUGUUAGCUCACUGCCAAGAUCUCCACAGGCCCAACCAGGAAGGAUUCCUGCCACUGCUUCUCAGAAGCCAGACAAUAUCUCCCCAACCUUACCAGAUCAGUCAGCAAGAAAGAAUUAUUAUGAAGAUGAAUCAAGUGAACAGACAAGCAGUAGCUAUCGUCCAAAACCCAAACUGACCUAUGUUGAGGACCAACCAGUUUCACCUCCACGAAACAUCAGUCCACCAUCCGGAAACCCAACAACGGUCAACAAAAAUCCAUCUACUGGUGAAUCGGAAAGGUCUGGUACAUUAUCCAAUAAAACUGAUAAAGAAGCUCCAAGUGGAGCAACUUCAAGACAAACUUAUAGCAAUUUUCGUACAAAAGCUCCGUUUAUAGGACCCAACUCAAGAAAUGCAGAAGCAAAAUAUCAAGAUAAUGUAGAAACAACCCCAAAGUCAGCUGGUGGAGCACCAUCUCCUAGUCAGUAUCCGUCAGCACCUGAAGUGACAGUAGGAGGCAACAAAAACAGUGCAAAUAAUCCACGUUUAACAGGUAUUGAUAAUGCUCCAUUGCCUUCAUCAUCACAACAGGCCAAAGGCAAUCCAGGUAUUAGAAUACCUUCCAAAAUAGUUAUCAAGCCAAUAGACAGAGAUGCAAGGAUACAAAAUGUUUUGGCAGAUCUAAAUGAGCACGACAUUGAUGUGACCAUCAAUGAUGCUUUACAUCCUACUCUUCAUCCAACUAGAAGUAUAACCAGUGGCUUUGUACCAACAACACAAGAGGAAACUCAGAGUGGUCCCAGCACAUUAAAUAAAAGGGUAGCUGGGCAAAGGUAUCAGGCUCAGCUUCCAUCUGGACCCCGUGGUUCUGUAUCUUAUCUGACAUCCUCUGCUUCACAGAGGUACAUAACAAGAACACCAUUCAAUAUCAAUUCCAAUGAAAGAUUAGAAAGUGGAACAAACACUUAUUUGCCUCAUGAUCAAAGUACUGGUCCUGGUGGAAAGGUAGAGUUCGCAGUGCCAUCAGAAAGACCAAAUAACAGGCAUCGACAGAAAGAAGUUCCCAUACAGCCUGUGCCUUCAGGUCCAUUAGAUUACAGAAGUACACAAACAAAACAGCAGCAAGGACCUUUGUAUAGUCAGCAGAGAGACAGUAGUGCUGAGUACUACUGAACAUACUGAAACUUGAUUGAAAAACUUCUAGUUUCAUCCAGACAUUUCUUGUUACAUUUUGUGAAGAAAAUUAAGUUAUGUUGACUUUUUUAUGUGUGUAUAUUUUCCAGAAAAGAGUGACUAUAAAAUCCUGUGAAUAUUUUCAUAAAUUAUGUAUGUGUUAGAAUGUCUUUCAACCUAAAGAACCAUUGAAGGAAUUUUUAGUCAUCAUCCUCAUGGUUUUUAAUGAGGCCCAAAAUGUGUACUCUGCCAUUACCCAUUAAAAAAAUAAAAAAAUCCAGA